UAAACAACUGAAGCAUGCGCAUAGUUGGUCCUAAAACAACAAAGACCUACUGUACAGACUGUAUGUCUGGUGUACGUUUACAGCCUCGCAUUAUAAAACUUUUAUCGUAGUAUUUUUCGAUUGCUGCAGUUCACGGGUAAUAAAAACGUUGAAGUCUUCAAAAAUGCCGACAAACUUCCGUUAAGAUACGCAUUCCGGAGCUUUGGUCAUCUCAUAAACGAGGUCAACCAAGAGACAGCUCUUAAAGAUUGACGCACCAACUCCAACUGAACUGACGGGAUUGAGAAAACAUUUCAACAGCUACACAUUGCAAGGACGCAGAAAUUAUGUUCUUACCACAUAUGGUGUUCUUGUGCUCACAUCUGCUGUGUACAUGCUGAGGCGACAUAAGGAGAAACAUGAAGCAACACCUGCAGCCACUUAAACAACAAUGGAAAGUUUGGGCUUUGGGGAAGGGGACUAAAUGGGACUAUUGCAAUAAAUUAUGAUUGCCACAUAUUUGGACCCUGGUUGAUGUUUUCAUGUCCUUUGCCGGACGUUUACUUUUUAUCAUGCACAAACUUUUUGUAUUGCAUUUUUAUAUUAGUAUCGAUAUCUAUGUAUGGCGUUUUCACCGUUUAGUGAUUAGCCAGCAGAGUGCAGUGUUAGCUUAUAAAGGACAUUUUUUUUUUUUUUUUAGAAAACGCUUUAUCUUGCAUGAUAAAGGCAAAUUGGGUAGUUGUUUUAUAAAUGUUUGUUUUAAAUUAGUGAAGUUACUAUCACAUGUGGGUCUAUAAAGAAGUUAAUAAAUAAUCUUGUUUCAUAAGUUGUAAAGUUACACUUUUGAUUUUUAUCUAAACCGAAACACACCUUCUCCCUAUUUGAUGCAAUGUUAUGUAAGGUUUAGGUUUUAUAAGUCUCAGCACUGUUGUAAUAUUUUGUUUUUUCCCCCCAUUUAAUUGUUUCAGAAUGAUAAUUUCCUUUAAUUUUGAUUGUGAGUCAUUCUGAAAGUGAAGGUUCAUUCAAGCCGUUUUGCAGUUAAUAGUGAUCACAUAACAUUCUAUUGUUUUGGCACAAACAUGUGAUUGAAAAAAAACUUCCUCAAACCUUUAAAAAUCCAAUGAUGCUACAUUUGUUUUUUUUUUUUGUUUUUUUUUUUACUUUGACAUCAACAUUUUUGUCUCCGACUUGAAAAUAUGUGUUGCAAGGGACCAAUCAAAAAAUGUGCACAUUAUCGAUGUGCUUUAGCCCUUAGACUAAUGCCAAAGUGAAACUAAAAUGGAAAAAACACCUGUAUUUAAGUCUUUGAUGGGUUGUGGUGUGCAUUUUCCUCUUGCCUAAGACAAGACAGGACAUUACACCCAUCUGUAGAAACAAAUCUUUAUCAGGUGAAUGUGCACAUAGUUUUAUGUCAGGCAGUGGAUAACAGCUGGCCUUUUUGAAUGUUUGCAAUUUUUGUUGUUUUUUUGGGUGUUCAUCUCCAAGGGGAAUCAACUUUCUGGAUUCAUCUGGAGUAUACCGUGCUGUGCAAGGCUGCACAGAAUCAAUCGUUUAUGCGCUGGGACAAUGGGGGAAUGUUAUGAGUGGGAGCCAAUCCAGAAUGGUCCAACACAAUGACACAGACCUUACAGCUGAGCCACAAGGCCCACCAAAGACAGUCGAACUCCCUGUGCCCUAUCCCAUCGGGCCGACGCACUUUCGGCCCUUUCGGCACCAGCGGGACUGUGAUCUUAUCACCCAGACCAUGCAUUACUUGAGCCAAAGUGGAUUUUACUGGGGUCCCUAUGAAGUGGAUGAGGCACACGCACAACUAGCUAAACUCCCGCUCGGGACAUUUCUGCUCAGGGACAGCAUGCAGACGAAUGUUUUUUUCACUCUGAGCUAUCAGGCUCCCGAGGGUCCGACUAGCGUACGGGUGCUCCUGAAAGAUGGGGAAUUCAGUUUAGCGGGAAGUAAACACACAUUCUCUUGCCUUUUUGGCCUUUUGGCGUACUACAUUGCGUCCCCCAAAAAGAGCUUGAGUAGACCUUAUCGAGGAAAUGCACCGCAGGGUCUGCAAGAACUGGCAAGAAGAGCCGUAAUGAACAGAUGUCGAAAAGAAAACAUUCGACAGCUUCCUUUGAGCAGGGAGCUUCAAGAUUUUCUCUCUUCGUACCCUUUUAGCAUAUGAAUGUGCGCUGUUAAUGUGUUACACGGUUCACAUACUGUUUCUUGUCAUUUCAUAGGAUUCUGUUUUAGUGCCUAACGAGACAUAGUGGAUAUAAAUGUGUAGGGAUAGUUUGGACCUGGAAAUAUGCACUACAAAACGAUUAGAAAAUUUCCCAAAUUGGCUGUUACAGUGGUAUUGGUUCAUGCUACAAAUUUGUUACUUUAAAGUAUUGUUUGCUUUUAUAUGAAUGUAAAACUAUUUAACAUACUGAAGAGUGUCCGAUAUCAGUAUAAAACGUUUGGUACAUAUUUACAAGAUGUAGUUUAUGUAAUCUAUAGUGUGUAUUUUAUGAUGAUGUCUGCUAUGCAGAUAUUUAAAGCAUUUCACUAGUUGGUGUAAAGUACAAUUAUUUUUCCUUUUUUUUUAGUUUUAUAAUAAACAUUAUUUAUUUUAAAUGGUUUAUUGAUAUACAGGAGCGGUUAAUUUCAUUUACUGUAAUCUCUAUCUCUCAGUUUCCCUUUCUGUUUACAUUGAAAGAUUUGAUUGUAAUCUAAUCCAACCCAUAAACCAGAAUGCUCUCGUGAUUCAAAGAAACAGUUCCCUCUAGUGGUAAAAAUAAAUAAAUGAAACUAUAUUUGUAAGCCAUAAAUCAAGAAGAAAAAAAGAACACAUCACAAGAUAAACCAGAUUGUUUUAAAGCUAUUAUGGUACUUUUUUAUUAAAUAACAAAAGCAUUUAUCUAGUAUAUUAGGUUCUACAGUUAAAUGGUGAUGAAAAGAUGAUGUAAUCCCAGUGUUUUCAUGCCUUUGAGUUAGUUCAGAAAUUCAGAAACAUAUGCAUGAUAUGAGUUUAUUCAAAAUGUGAAACAAUUACAAUAGGAUGUUUCAUCUUAUAUCUUUUUGAUUAGUACAUUUGUUAGUUAUUGUAUAUGUGUGUUGUGCAUUCAUUGUUUUUCAUAGUCUAUGUUUAAAUCCAAAUGCAUAUUUUUUUAUCAGAAGACUGCACAUUUUCGCACAGACCAUUCUGCCUAUAGAAAUCACAUCCUCUAGUACAAAAACAGGAAGGUGUUCUUAACAUUAUUUCCUUAUGAAUUGUAUUGACACAGUGCCAGCUCAUGAGACAUUUUGUUAGUAUUUGGACUGGCUAUUAAAUGAUUUGAUUAAUAAUUUA